AUGGCUCCAUCACAGGUCGACUUCAACGUCCCCCUCGACGCCGACAAGAAGGUCACCAACCCCCAGCGCAUCGCCGGUGCCAUCCCCACCAUCAAGUACGCCGUCGACAAUGGCGCCAAGGCUGUUGUCCUCAUGUCCCACCUCGGCCGCCCUGACGGCAAGGCCAACCCCAAGUACUCGCUGAAGCCUGUCGUGCCCGAGCUCGAGAAGCUGCUGGGCAAGAGCGUGACCAUCGCCCCUGACUGCGUCGGCGCCGAGGUCGAGGACAUUGUCAACAAGGCCGACAACGGCGACGUGGUGCUGCUUGAGAACUUGCGCUUCCACAUCGAGGAGGAGGGCAAGGGCACCGAUGCCGAGGGUAACAAGAUCAAGGCAGACAAGGCCAAGGUGGAGGAGUUCCGCAAGGGGCUGACCAAGCUUGGUGACAUUUACAUCAACGAUGCUUUCGGCACCGCCCACCGCGCCCACUCCUCCAUGGUCGGCGUGGACCUCCCCCAAAAGGCGGCCGGCUUCCUCAUGAAGAAGGAACUCGACUACUUCGCCAAGGCGCUGGAGUCGCCCAAGCGGCCCUUCCUCGCGAUCCUGGGCGGCGCCAAGGUGUCGGACAAGAUCCAGCUGAUCGACAACCUGUUGGACAAGGUCAACACGCUCGUCAUCUGCGGCGGCAUGGCCUUCACCUUCAAGAAGACGCUCGACAACAUGUCGAUCGGCACGUCGCUCUUCGACGAGGCCGGCUCCAAGACGGUCGGCGACCUCAAGGCGAAGGCCGCGAAGAACGGCGUCAAGCUCGUCCUCCCAGUCGACUACAUCACGGCCGACAAGUUCGCCCCGGACGCCAAAACCGGCACCGCCACCGACGCCUCGGGCAUCCCCGACGGCUGGAUGGGCCUCGACUGCGGCGAGGAGUCAGUCAAGCUGUACAAGGCCGCCAUCGACGAGGCCCAGACCAUCCUCUGGAACGGCCCCGCCGGCGUGUUCGAGUUCGACAAGUUCGCCAACGGCACCAAGGCCACCCUGGAUGCGGCCGUCGCGGCGGCCGAGGGCGGCAAGAUCGUCAUCAUUGGCGGUGGUGACACCGCCACCGUGGCGGCCAAGUAUGGUGUGGAGAAGAAGCUCAGCCAUGUGUCGACUGGCGGCGGCGCCAGCUUGGAGCUGCUCGAGGGCAAGGAGCUGCCGGGUGUUAACCCCGGAGAGGGGUAG